CUCAGACCACCACAGAUUGCGAUGCCUGGACUCACGACUGAAUGGCCGCCGUGGAAGGAGUACGUGCUUGAUAAGAAGGUGGCGGAGGUUUAUGACGCUGAUGGGGACUAUGCGGCGGCUAAGAAGGCGAUUAUCGAGGAGUAUGGCGAGGAGGCGCUGAGGAAGAGUUGGGUGAAGACGUGUGCAGCGCUUGAGAAGGUCACGGCGGAGCUGGAGGAGAAGGGGAAUGAAGUGAUACCAAUACUCAGCAUCCAAGACGUGCUUUCGGAUUCGGUUUCCGAGGAAACGAAGACUGAGAUUCGGAGAGUUGGGUGUUUCGUUGUCAGAGGCGUCAUCCCCAAACCCUCCGUCGACGCCCAAUUCGCCAACCUCAAGGCCUUCGUCGCAACCAACAAAUCCCUCAUCAAAGGCUGGCCCGACAACCCCCCCUCCAUCCUAAACCUCUACAACUCCACCCCCCAAAACGCCCUCCGCACGCACCCCCAACAGAUCGCCCUCAUGCGCUGGAUCAACAAUCUUUGGCACUGGACACCCGACCCCGACGUCUCCGCCGACCCCCUGCUCUAUGUUGACGGCGUGCGGAUUCGACCCCCGAAGUCGCAGUUUCUGGGCCUAGGUCCGCACGUCGACGCUGGGAGCUUGUGUCGGUGGGCGGACCCGGACUACCGCCGUGCGUAUGGGAAGGUCUUCGGGGGACUCCCAGAAGAGCAUGAUUGUUACGAUCUGGAUGCGCGGAAAGACGCGAACCAGAUGCUGUAUCCCGGCGACGGGCAAUCGACUGUGCUUCGCGCGUUCCAGGGGUGGACGGCACUGACCCGAACAGCUCCUCGUGAGGGGACGAUCAGGCUGUUUCCGAAUGUGAAAUGGCAGAUUGCGUACGUGUUGCUGCGGCCGUUCUUCAGCCCGCCAGCGGAUAGCGCAAAAGUUAUGGAUGCGGAGGCUUGGACGUUUGGCGGGGACGGGAACUGGUUUCCUGGCACGUUCAAGAAUGAUAGCCAGUAUUUGAGCUCAGGGAGCCAUCCGCAUCUGAGGCUGAAGGAGACGCUGCUGCAUGCGCCGGCGAUGGAGGCGGGGGAUACGGUUUGGUGGCAUGCGGAUAUGUGCCACGCGGUGGAUGCAGAACAUAUCGGUACCGAGGAUGCCAGCGUUACCUAUAUCGCGGCUACGCCGACUACGCGGAUUAAUAAAGAGUACAUGCAGCGGCAGUACGCUAAGAUGGCGAAGGGGAUGCCGCCGCCGGAUUUCGAGCACGGGGGAAGUGAUGAGACGAAGUUGGAGGGGUUUGAGGGGUUCGCGAUUAAUCCGCAGUUGAUGAAGGAGUUGAUGGCGAGUGUGUGAGGUAUAAGAUCAGGGUUAGAAAGUCAAGACAACGCAAAUUAGAGUGGUUCUGAACGGUUUAGAUCGACAUCUUUCAUCGCUUUAUCCGGGGCGACCUAGCCUCUCGUUGGAGAACCGGAAAUAAGCCU